UCUAUAGAUCAGUGACGUGGUCUACUCUUCAAAGAUGAAGAAUGUAUUAAUUCAUCACAAAUCGCCGAUUCAACAUGGCGGAUCCUAAAUAUGCUAAUCUCCCUGGGAUUGAUAUUAAUUCACCUGAUGUUUUUGAGACAAGUGAUCUUCCUGAAGCUGAACAAAACUUAACAACCAAGCAGGAGGAGCCUGACAGUGAAAGUGUUGAGCGAAUUAAUAUUAACACAGAUGCAGCUUUUAAAGUGUUUAAAGGGAAAUCUGUAUUUACUGGCAAAACUGAUUUUUCAGAUAGUGUAGGAAAAUCUAGAAACAUAGGAUAUUAUGCUGACUGGAGAGAAUAUGAAAUUGCUGAGAGUGGAGCCAAGCAAGAAACUCCACAGCAGAAGUUUCAACGCCUGCAACAUGAGCUCAGAGAGUUAGCAGAAGAAGUGGGCAAAAUUAAGGAAAAUGUCAAAGACACAGGGUCUGGAGAAACUGUCUCUCCAGUCGCACUGGGCAAGCAGCUGGAAUACCUUCAACACCAACUGGCUGAUCUACAUUUAGAAAAACUGUUGGGACCAGAGGCUCAUGUUGAUUUGACCGAUCCCCAGGGGACACUGAAAAAGAGACUCCUGACUCAAUUAGAAAGCUUCAAGCCUAGUGCUGAUGGUAAAGGGAAGGAUGAGACAGCACCUAAAGACUGUGUUUUGUAUGAACUUUAUUACAGACCAGAACAAACUCAAUUUAGUAAAAAUGCAAAGCUUGCUGCACUGGAAGAGAGACUAGAAAGAUUAGAAAAUGUUGUAGGCAAACAGUUGGACAAGAUGAAUGUACUGACAGCUGAUACAGAAAACAAGUCUUUAAUUGGAGCAGUUGCCACGCUGAAUUCUAAAUUGUCACUGCUAGAUGCUUCUAAUACAGAGACUGUUGAAGCCAGACUUAAUGCUGUCUUACAGAAGAUGCAACAAAUAGCAGAGAAGAAAGAAAAAGAGCCCCAGGCAGAUCCAGACAAGCAGAAAAAGAUUUCAGAUUUGUAUGAGAUAGUUAAAAAAUGGGAAACCAAUGCUGAUAUAUUACCUCAAGUAGUUGACCGUUUGAUAUCUCUCAAAGAACUUCAUCAACAAGCUCUUCAGUUUAGUCAAGCUCUUUCCUACCUGGACACAACACAACAGGAAUUGAAAGCCAGCAUCACAACACACAGUGACAUGCAGAAACAGCUUCAACAAAGUUUGGUAGAGAACAACAAAGUCAUGCAGAAGAAUAUAGAGAGCAUUGAGAAGAGGCUGGAGGCUUUGAAAAAGUCAUGAAUGUGUUGAGCCAAACAUUUCAUCUCUGGUUCCUACAAUUUUUAGUUCUGAAAAUUUUUACAGCAAAUCCUAAAUGUUCAUAGCUGUUCUACACAAUAUACUUAUAAUCAUUUGUGAUAUUUAUGUCAGUGUAUGUUUACGAAUGCCUCAAAGCCAUAGAAAUUUGAUGCUUAUAUGUGCUUUUGUGUGUAACUUUAGUAUGCAUACAGAAUACUAUUUUGAAUAAAGCAUUGGAAAAGACCACACUGACACAUAAUUAUUUUGCUUCCAUUGUUGGGGUGCAGUUGUUGUUUUAAACAUUCUCUCCCGUAUGUAAAGAUAACCUUAUUAUUUUCAUCUUGAAGUAGUUUUACAGCUGCAGUAUGUUCAUAAUUUGUAGAAUGGAACUGGUGCAUUAGAUUUAGUAGCUUCAUUUUCUAAUGUUGUCUGUUUUAUAAAUAACUUAUAAUGCUUUGAGUCAAGUGCAAUUCUUUCUCCUGUUGGUAAGGAUGUGAAUAACUUUAAACUUCAGUAGUUCUUGUAUUAUGGUUUGGUGCUAAAGCAUCUAGUCAGUCUUUUAAUUGAUACUAGUGCCACUCCUAUAAUUGAGGUCAACAAUGAUAAAAAAAAAUUAUUAUUUUUCAUUUUCGUGGCAACUGCUUAGUUACAAACAAAUGAAAUAGUAUGAGCUUACGGUUACUUUUUAUUUUACUGUCAAAUGGUGUAUGUAUUUGGAUUAGAAUCACCACACUGUAGUUAUGGAAAUACCAAUUUCUAUUCUGGUUUUAUAUUAAAACUUUGGUCUAAGCACCAAGUUAAUUUUUUCUGUUGCUUCAUAAAACUUAAUUUGUAUAGCUAUUUCAAAUCAUUGACAAUUUUUUUUAAAUAUGAUUCUAAACUUAUAAGAUACCUAAUUAAAAGGUUUAGAAAAGGAAUUAGUAAUAUUAUGUAUGUAUGUGUAUUGAUAUUGUCUACAUUGGAAUGAUUACUAAAAUGUAAGCGCUAUGUUGAAGUUGUCUCUUUUAAUGUAAUUCUUAUGAGUUUUUUUAGUAACCAAAUGUAGUCCGUAACAUCACACAAUUUUAUCAUAACACCCUUUCAUUUCCUUAGCUUUAGAAUUAUGUUCAGUGAAGAUUAAAUACAUUCUGAUUUGAUUA